UCCAGGACAGAACUCCCAGAAGUUUUCAGAUGGCCAAGUCCCAGAAGACUGUGCUAGCCCUUCCUCAGAGAGAAGGGAUCAAGACAGCUGCCCCUGCCCCCAUCCUUCUGCCCAACCAGAAGCACAGUGACUUGGACCAUCCCCACCAUGAGAGGAUCUGCAGGCCCACCCAGUGCUUCUGCAGCCCCACCUCAACUGCAACUGCCGAGUCGUCGAAGAAGCCCAAGAUGCAGGCCACAGGGGACAUGUUUCCCACCAACUGGAGCCCCCCUCCUAUUGAGUUCCUGACUCCAAGGGUUCAGCAAGCUGGCAAGGGGGCCCAAGCCCACAGGUGGGUGGGUACGGUGGGACCUCAGAGCCCAAGGAGACUGGCCUGCUGGGUGCCCUCGGAGUUGAAGCAGAAGUCCCAGGUCUCAGUCCCCCAGGGGAACCUGGCCUCACUGGAGGAGCUGUUCUGGAACACGGCAGGCCCAAGCCAGGAGGCUGCAGCUCCAUUGCUCACCCCUGGGGACUCACAAAGCUACAUCAACAGCUUAGAUUGCUUGCUGCAGGAGAAGAGGGAACAGGCGCUGGAGCAGGAGCGGAAGGAGCUGCUCGCGCAGGGCUGUCCUGAUCCUGAUUCCUUGGAUCUCGAUGAGGAGGACCUGCCUCUCACACCUGAGCACAGGGAGCUGGUGGAGAGGUUCUCCAUGUCCCUGCAGGUCAUCCCAUCAGUCCACCCCGGAGAGACCACGUUUCUACCCAGGCGCCACCCCCUGCCUUGCAUCCUGGACUAUUCACACAUGAAACCCCGUAACCACCUGGAGGAGCUGUUCCUCAGCUCCCCUCUGGCCCAGCAGCUCUCCUUUCUUCGAGGCGGCCUCCUGAGCAACCUCUACCUUCAGGCGCCUGCACCCACCUGCCCUGUACCUCUGCUCCAGUGGCUGUUCCAGCUGCUGACAUGGCCUCCAGACACUUCUUCGAGAGCCUUUGACCUCCUGUGGGAUCUCAGCAUGGAGAGACUCCUCUGUCAGUCUGAUGGAGACGUGCGCAUGUGGUGCCCCUCGCUGCGAGAGAUCAUAGAGGUAUUUCACAGUCUGGGUGCCCACAGCCCUGCUUCGUGCCCCCUGGGGCUGUCUCAGCACAGUGAGAGAGUACUUAGAAGGGAGGCUAGCCUGAGCCAGGGCGAGCAGCAGGACACCCCCCAGGAGACCGCCUUGGAUAUCAGCCUGAGCUAUAUCUACAAGUUCCUGACACUGUGUGCCCUAGUGCAGCCAGGGGCCACCACUGAUGAGAACCUCUUGGACCUGAUUGAGCUGCUCUGCAGAGCUGGCCUGGAUGCACGGCUGCGCCUGCUGCCCCAGACAGACCUCCAGCAGCUCCUGCUCCUGCUCCUCGAGAACAUCCAGGAAUGGCCAGGGAAGCUCCGGCAGCUGUGCUGUGCCCUGAGCUUGGUGUCGGAUCACCACCACAACCUGCUGGCGCUUGUGCAGUUCUUCCUGGAUGUGACCUCUCGCAGCAGGCAGCUUCGAAGCCAGCUCAGCCUCGUGGUCAUUGCUCGGCUGCUGGACCAGCAGGAGACACUCUCUCUCUGGCAGGAGGAGGCCCGGCUGGCAGAGCUCAGCCGGCUCCUGAGCCUCAUGAGGCCAUCAUCCCUUGGGCCGUACCUAGACUCUGAGACCUUGCCACCCUGCCAGGAGCAACAGCCAAAGGCCAGUGCUGAGCUAGACCACAAGGUCUGCUACCUGUGUCACAGCCUUCUGACACUUGCUGGGGUGGUGGUCAGCUGCCAAGACAUUACUCCAGACCAGUGGGGAGAGUUGCAGCUGCUGUGUUUGCAGUUGGACUGCCACAUCAGCACCCACAUCCGGGAGAGCCCCCGGGCCAUGCACCGGACCAAACUCAAGGAUCUAGCUGCCCAGACCUACAUCCGCUGGCAGGAGCUGCUGUCCCACUGGCAGCCCCAGGCCCAGUACUGCCACCCCUGGGAAGACGGCUAAUGGAGCAGGGUAGGAGUGGCCCGUGGCUCUUGGCUCUGGCAGGGAGUGAACAGGACCUACAGAACUGGAAGGAGCAAAGAAUGGAGGCCAGAGGAGGACCAGUCUGAUGAACCAAGAGCCCUCUUCCACCACUGCCCUGACCCCCACCGGCAAGGGACCCUGCCUCUCCCUGCCUGCCCACCCCACAGCCACAGCUGUCCUUCCCCGCCCGGCACGUCCUCUUCCCCCAAGGCCCUCCCAGGCUGCAGUC